GAUGAGCAGCGCGCUAGGCCCGGCCGGCUACCAGCACCCCGGCGCGCCAGCCCCGGGAGCCGGGCCGCACCACCACCACCACCACCUGCACCACCACCAGGCCGCCGCCGCCGCCUUCUACCACCACCAGGCCGUCGUGCCGCCGCCCAGCUUCUACCACCAUCACCACGCCUACCACUUGCACCAUGGUGAGACGCCGAUGGGCGGCGGGGCGGCGUGCCCGGCGCCGUGGGAGGCGGGGUGCGCGCCCAGCCCGCCGGGCCGCAGCUGCAGCCCGCUGACGCUGUCGCUGCCGCUGCCGCUGGCUGCCGCCGCCGCCAACGCCGCCGCCCACGUCCCCCAGGCCGCCGCCGCCCCAGGCUGCCACGGGGGCAGCGCCGGAGGCGGAGGAGGCGGCGGCGGCGGACCUGCCUCGCCGGGAGCGGUGCCGGGGGCGAUGGCCGGGGGCGGCGUCCCGGUCGGCGGCCUGCGGCACGGGGGCGGCCGCCAGCGCACGUGCGCCAACAAGAAGGAGCGCAAGCGCACGCAGUCCAUCAACAACGCGUUCGCGGACCUGCGCGACUGCAUCCCCAACGUGCCGGCCGACACGAAGCUGUCCAAGAUCAAGACGCUGCGGCUGGCCACGUCGUACAUCGGUUACCUGAUGCGCGUGCUCGCCGCCGACGCCGACCCCGCCUCCGCCACCGCCGGCGCCGGCGCCGGAGCCUUCCUGCCGCCCGCCGCCGACCUCUCCGGGGGCGGCGGCGUUGUCUCUCGCUCGCCCCACCACGCCCACGUCCCGUCGGGAGCCAACCACAUGGAGGACGACGUGCGACUGGGUGGCUGCGGCGACGAAGCGGAAGGCGUGGCGCCGCUGCGUCGGUCCAAAGGUCGCACGGGCUGGCCACAACACGUCUGGGCCCUGGAGCUGAAGCAAGAGCAGCUGUGAAGCGGGCGCCGCUGUGCACGGCAACCACCACAGACAAGGGGACGCCCGGAGAGGACGCCGGGGCAACCGUUCUGCUGCUUGCAGCACAGCAGGACCCAUUGCCCAGUCUCGACACUACCCCACUGUGCUACUCGUCUGUUAAUACUCAUACCUCGUACCUUGGCAAGCAGUCAAGAAUCAAAAAGCGGAAUCGCCGCUCACUACUUUGGUCUCGUUACAGCUCCGUGUGAAACAUUUCCCACGUCUCAAGGUCUGCUCGAAACAACAAACAUUUGUAGUCAGAGGACGGUUGCGAGCAUCCAGUUAACAACAGAUCCUCGGCACGAAAAGUGGAGCAAAUCAAAGAAAUUUUUGCUGCUCCGACGCUGUCAUGGAUACCAUCAAAACCUAGCAACAGACCACUGUAACAGAACUUUUGUCAAAUAAGAUAGUCUUACCACAGAAGCGCACUGUACAAAAUAUUUAUCUGCCAAACAUGUCUGCAGGUUUCGCGAUCAAGUUUCAAUCCUAGAUUAAGAGCGAUCACAUUAACAGUCAGUAAAUUUAGGAGGUUUGCAAAGAUAGUCAUCUGUAGUGACUGACAAUGAUAUGUGAUUCCACGCUAUGUUGUGAUGCCUAAGAAUACGAAUUGGUGAGAUAAAUACUGUGUGUAACAUGGAAGUCCUGCUGCACUGGACAGUAACCAAUGGACUUCUGACAGCUUUGAAGCCAUUUGAUGCAAAAUUUCAAAACUACAUGAUCUGAGAUCGCACGUUCAUGUUUAUGUUUGAAGUUUAGCAGCGUAUUUUGUUACUGUUUUUAUUUCACUGGCUGAAAUAUGUAUCAGUAAGGCGAACGAAUUCCUCAAUGUAAAUAUCAUUUUCAUUUUAUCUGCACCCAAGUCCUAACUGAAGUCUAGUCAGCGAAAGCAAAUGAAGAGUCACACUGAAUUCUGUCCAACUUUGUACUGUAGGAUUGUAUGAGUCGAAAUAGAGCAACUAGUUUUAGUUUAAGCAAUAAGGACACUAAUGACUCAUUUUCUUGUGUAGAAUAGUUAUGUAAACGGUUCAGGACAGUGUUGUUUUAUAAAAAGCAAGGAUUUGAUGUUAUUUGAUGAUGUAAUGUACACGCGGUGAAAACUGGGAAGUGCCAUUACGAAGGUUCUCAGAGUCCGCAUCGAGAGAUUUGGCGCAGUGCUUGCACACUUUAGGGUAAGCUGUGAUUCCAACCCGAUCUUUCAUAUUUACUUUUUACUAAUUCGCUUAAUGCGAAUACCGGAGCGGUUCCUACGAAAAGCCAAGGGCGAUUUCUAUCCACAUCUUACCCAAUCCGAGAUUGGGCUCCUUGUCUAACAGUCUUAUCGUCGUCGGGAUAUUAAACCUUGAUCUUCUUCUUUCCGCGUCCAUAAGCGUUUAGCUCGUAGGUAACAUCAACAAAUAAAAUAACUCUGCUCCAAGUGUUGGAGCAAACACCAUUAAACGUUUUUCCAUAGCCCAAGCGAAGAAAUUUCUUGAUUUUUUCAAAGUAUAUAUCAGAUUAAUUGUACCUGGAUUUCCUACAAUGUUGUGUAGACUCUUAAACUUGACGUGGUUGUUUUCAUGUGUAAUGGAGCAUCUCAGAUGUUUAAAAUGUUUCAUUUGCUCCAUUUUUUUUUAGUUGAACACUUAUCUUACUGGUGGUAUGCUUUGAAAUGCCACCACUUCCGUGUUAUCUCCAGAGAAUUUUAGGUUGUAUUCGGAGGCUACCUGUUGAAACAUGCAAACUUCCAUCUGAAGGUCAUUCUCAUUUCUGCCAUCAGUGUUACAGUGUUACAUAUACGACCACGUUUAGUUUCAACAUCGUCCGUUUCCUGAUCACUCCAUCUAUGUAUACAGUUGCCCCUACAUUUGGGUUUUAUGCAACAUGCAACACCUUCAAGAACCAAGUGCAAGAUUUCACAUCAUCUUGAUCACUACGUGCAAACUACUAGUCCUACAGAAAAAAAUGAACAGUAUACUUUUGUGGGGAAUUUAAUAUAGUUAAAUUUUGUGCUGGGAUAGGUUUUCACUGGAUGCCGUUCUUCUCAGAUCAUUCAAGAAAAACUUUGUUCUUGAAUAACACGAAAACAAUGGUCUCCAGCGAAAACGUACCCCGCUACAAUAUUUAACUACAUUAAAUUUCCUAUAAAAAGAUCCGGUUCACUUUUGCUGUAGGACUAAUAGGUGGCGCGUAAUGAGCAAGAGAAUAUGAAAAUCUCGCAUGUUGUUUUUGAGGAUGUUGCAGGUUGCAUAAAACCCAAAGGGGGGGGGGGACACCUUAAUAACCCUGUAUACUGAAGAGUGCUGGGGAAAUUCAGCACCACUGUUUAUCCCUUUCCGUAUGAUCAUUGACUUUGUGAUGCUCUUUUCCAUAUCUAUAACAUUUUUUUUUUAUAUUUGUGUACAGGCUCUUAAUAGCGUUUAUGUGAUGAGAUAGAUAGCCUCGUGCUGCCAUUACGUUCCACGGCAUUUAUCUGUUCACAUAACCAAAUGCCUUAUCAGAAUCUAUAAAUGGCAGAAGGGUUUCCUGUUUUGAAUUCUCGUCUCUACUCUAUAAAUUGCUGUAGUGUAAAACGUCUCUUUUUAACUAAUGAUAUCCUCUAAUGUCACAAUUUCUGUUAGGUACAUCGGCCUAUCUUCCUUUUUCUACUUUUAGGGGUUUCUCCACACUUCAGCAGUUGUCCUGUAUUCCCAUUCGCCGGCUGUCACGAUCAUGGCAAUCUUCCUCUUACAGAUCUCGCUUCCAGAUCACUGUAGCUGCUCCCGCUGUCCGUUUUGAUCUCGACAGUCCGCAUUUCCUGCUUCCUGUUAGCGACUAUCCCAGGUCUGCUUUUGGCCAUUGUCCUUACUCCAUGUACCAUACAUAGUCAUACCAUUGAAGAUCUCUGUGCUCAGUUCUUUGCACGGCUGGUUCUUCGAUACCCAUUAUCUCCCCAAUUUCCUCAUUGCUCCUCCGCUCUUUCAUGGAUAUCCUGGCUGCCCUCGUUAUUCCAUCCAUCUCUACUACCUGUACUCCGAUUCGCUACGGCUCGCUCAGUGGCCAUCCUUCCGCAUCGUAUGUUAGAGUAUUGCUUGAAGAACCCUCUUUUUUGUCUCUUUUGACAUUGCUUGGCUCCAUAGAACGUGGAAAAUCUUCCUUCGAAAAUCUCCAACAUUCCACAGCUGCCCCGAUAUGUCAGAGGCCGACGCCCGAGGUUACAAAACCGACACUUUAUGAAGACUGUGUGUUGACAGCCACUCGGCUAGUCCUGCUCCACUGGGAUGUUUCUUACUGACAACGGAGCAGGCUACAAUGCUGGUACUCGCUUAUUCGGAGCCAGGAAACAACCGUCCUGAUGAUAGUUCACGGAGUUAAUGGUUGUCCCGAGGUGUUGCUACUGCAAAGUAAAUGCAGUCGCCGCCGGCUCGCAGAAAGCCGCCGGCGGGUCGCGUGCGGUGGCCGUGUUGUCUAUUCCUGUCGGCGCGCCUGAUGCGGCGAGGUGCGGUGCAGCGCGCGUGCGCAAACAAACACCGGCGCACACGCCCACGCCGGGCUCAGGUGAGACUGGCCAGGCACCGCGCGCUGUUUACGCCGCCUUCCAUCCGCCCCCACUCCGCCGCCCUGCUGCCUGUCGUUUGUUUUUCGAUCGACGCACCGGUCUGUUCGGUGCUGCGCCGCUAUCCGAGAAGCCUUCGUGUUCUCUGCUCUACGGAGUGACACUGUAACACUCGUUCCGCUCAGCCCCGAGUUACGGUCGUGUACGCCUGAGGUGCUGUUCGCUUCAGAAUAGCCGAGGAGACAGUUGAUCCAGGAAAGAGGGCUAACUUUGUUCAACCGAUACACGUGCACUGGCUACACAGAUGUUUCAUGUACGAGUAAUGUUUUACCAAAAUUGGUACAGGAGUCAGCCACCAAUAGAAGUUGCGUACCCACCGUGCUGUAGUUUCUCUUAAUUAGACAGCCAUUGAGCCAGUCAUUUGCGCAAUGAUAGCUUCGUUAUUCAGUCCAAAUUUGGGAAAUAAUUAACGUUGAUUAUAUUGUCAAUAAUGCCCUAUUUCGCAUCCGUAAUAACCAGCUGGGGAUACACAUCUCAUCCAGCCAGAAGGCUAUGUUACACAAAAGCUGGAUGAACAAAAUCCUUUUGAAUAACCUUGCGAAAGCGACUUUGCGGAUAUGGCAUUCUGACACAUUGCAGAUGGCCCAUUUCAUUAACAUCUGCACUUUAUCUAACAUCGCAUCUGACUGCUGACUGGACAAUAUGCUCGUAUGACACCUUUCCGAAGGAGGUUUGGUUAAGUUUAAUCAUUUACUGCAUUUUAACAUUAUUUACGCCAGAACUAUUUUCAGUUUCUUAUCAGAUACAAUAAAUUCUGUGACUAAAACCUUGUUCAACGCCACCAGAGCAGUCGACAUUUCUCCGCCAAUAUUCAUGCCUGAAAAAGAAGUCCAGCCCCCCCCCCCCCUCAUAUUUUGGAUAGUCGUAUUUUACAAUGGCACGUUACAUUCCAUUCCACUCCACAGCUUUUUUAUACCAGCAAACAUUUCAGCACUCACCUGUACCCCACUUUACAGGAGUUACCCAUCAAAAAGCUGGACCAGGAUUUGGCGAAAAGUUCAUCAUAUUUCCAAUUGGUUGUAUGGAGUCUAAAAGGGACGAGUGCAAUUACAGUAAAGUUACACGACAUUAAUGUAGCACAAGAUCCUUUCUAAAGAAAGUCGGUUACAGGUUACCCUCGCGUACAGAUUCAUUUUCUGUGACUAAAAAGCAGUUUGGUCGUGGGGAAGGAGGAAAUUGGAUUUUAUUACUAGAACGAACCUUGAAUGCAAUGUUCCCAGCAAUCAAAUACCGGUCAGUUUACUCGCUCCUCAAUAACCAUAGUCGCUCUGGGAUUAUUUAACUUUCAGUCUUAUCAGCGAGAUCAAUUUUGGAUCAUGUGACAAAGGUGCGGCAGAAAAUACUUGAGUGGUUCCAAAACUUUUUAAUCAUUUUUCUUGAUUUGCAGAAACGAGUAACACAAGUUAACAUUCAAUGAAGGUCAGCAACGCUUGGAAGGAUAACAGUCUGUACGGGAAACGAAAGAAUGUCCUAAACCCCGAAGAAGGCUUUUUUUUUGUUUUUCCAUUUUAAACAUCAAUAAAUUUAAUUUCAAGAGUACAAAAAAAGAAAAAUAAGAGGAGAACACAAGGAAAAAAGUUAAAGAACAUAGCGUGAGAAGCUAGUCCUAGAAGUAAAUUUUAGAGGUAUAUAGUAUGGGCUGAAAUUGGAAGUAACAGGACAAAAUAACCAAAAAAAGAAGGAAAGGAUGAGUGGUCAGCGUGUCUGAUUCCCAAGCGGAGAAACCAGGUUCAGUUCUCGGAGCUCGAGUGAUACAGGGCCCACUCGGACCGAUCACACCAUCUGAGGAGCUGCUUGAAUGAGAAACAGCCGCUUCAAGUCUGCAAAUCCGACAGGGGCUGGAAGGAACGUAUGCCGAGCUCAUGGCCCUCCAUACCGCAUCCGCCUGACGCCCUGUAGCAGAGGAUGUCACGGCGGUCGGUCGCACGACCCUCUGGGCUUAACAGCAAAGUUUUUCAGCUUUUUAAUAAUGCUCGUAAGUGUGUCAAAUAGCAAUCAAACAGAGUAAUCAAAGUACUGCAUUUUAGUACAGCACUUGCAGUCAAAAAAACUGAAGAAUUUGGUGCAUGUGCUGUAUAAAUUCGCUUUACGACCACAAAUGCUAUCUGCUUUUGAUUCACGCUAAAACUUUGUUUGAUACCCUUUACAGCAUUAACUGAUGCCUUAACCUGUGUGGUUUCAUCAAAGUAAGUGGUACUUUUCCAUUAUAAACUAUGGUUUAAAAAAUAAUAAAAUACUCUCUCUGCAGGGGUGCAUUCCUGGGUGUCAGUUAUUAGAUACUUUGAGACAAAGGGUACGUUGGCAGAGGAGCCAUUACUUAGUGAAUUUAAUUAGUCGACGUUGAUACGUGGCGUCUGCCGUCAGUUUUAGGACUACAUAUUAGACGUCUGUUGCGUAUAGAAGAUGUGGAAACAAAGCCUCUCACAGAAAAAACUUAACUCCCUUUUUCCCUUUCCCAUUUUCCAAAACGUCGCCAUGACUGUAUCGUUAUUUUUUAACUGGCCAGUUCUGGUUUUCGUCCUGCCAAUAAACUACUUCCUCUUGAGUAACACUUUUUCCACGCCAAAAACACCAACUUGCCAAAAAAAUUUCCCGCUACAAUUAUUCAAAUGUAACGCUUAAGUUUACUGACGUUAGCAUUCUCCUAAAAGUUGGUGUAGAAUUUUGUCAUUCCUAGACACAGCUCUCGCUUAUCCAUCGAGCACUGUCGUUCAACUGAUGACGAACAAACCUGAGGUCCUUCCACCAACCACAAUAGCUCUCGUUUGGGCACAUAGUCCGCCAUAUCGUGCAUUAUUUUUCAUUUCUGGAGCCACACUUCAAACAGGCGCAUACAGUGCCCUCUCCAUUUCCAGAUUGACUGUGGAAUUUGAGUUCAUGUCAGCAGUUCUGUACAGCUGUCGAAAAUCGUGGCGUUGCUGAAAUACUGAUGUCUGGUAUCAUAAUGUUCAUACCAUAGAUCUAGAGAAAUAUACAAGAAAAUAUAUUAAUAUCCCAGUCUAUUUCUAAGAAAAAUGCACAUCUAGUGAUGUAUCUUUCUCGUUCUAAAUCUGUAGUGUUUUUAACUUGUCUGAGUAGAAAUUAGGCUGAAUGACUGCUGUAUAAACUCCAAUAACGAGUUAUCUGUGUUUCCGCACAUCUACAGAAUCAUGAAGCAAGUUUUAAAAAAAAACUGAAAAUUUUGUGUACAUUCGAGUGGAAGGCACUAAGGGAAAUGAGCCACGUGAAAAAUAACCUGGACACAACGAGGACCUAGAUUCAGUAAUCAGUUUCAAAAUGUAUUUCUUUAUUUAAGUGCAAUCAUGAAAACAAAAGUAGGGGCUUUUAGGACCACGCGAAGUUCAAGAGGCAGUCGUCACCCCUAUAGCCCAUGUACGAACAGACUGUAGAGGGAGACGUAUUUUCCAUGGUGUUCUGUAGCUUACCAAUGAAGUCAGCAGGGUUUUGCUCACAGGAAGCCAACGACAUGGGCUGCGUGCUCAUGAUUAUACUACCAAGCCUCGUUGUAUGGCAUUCUCUAUGACUUAAAGUUUUAAUCACCGAUUACAUGUACUGCAGAUUCUUCCAUAUUGAAUGUCCAGUAUUUUAAUGAACUCUGUGAAAUAAAUACCCAAAUAUAUUACGCCAAUUUCUUUCUAGAGUAAUAAAAAAAGUUUUUCCCUUAUCUUUUACCUCAAUAAAUAUCGUGAAAACAGUGAACGUCCAUGUCGUAAUUGGACAUUCGGAUUCUUACGCCCAUCAAACUACCGCUUACGAAAUAUGUUGGUCACAUGGAACAGCUAUAAAACCCUUUAUCGCCAAAUUUCUCGCUACACCGCAGUGUACAGUACACAUUCUAAAUGGUUUUCCGGCUGCAGAUACAGUAAGCACGUCAAGAAAGAUCAUUGUUACUCUAGAGCAGAAAACUAUAUUUCCCAGACUUGCAACAACAUUCUCCAUAUAAUGCUGUUACCGGAGAAUGACCAAAGAUAAAAUAUUGAUUCCUUUCUUUGCCAACCUGUACGUAACACGGUUACAGUUACGGAAGUACUGGUAUGUUAUAACAGCACUGUCCAUCGCCAGUUAUCUAAAUUUGUCUUUAAUAAAUAUGUAUUUGUAUAUUAAUUUUUUGCAGUUUUCUCAAGUGAUAUGAUACUCUGCAAGAAUGAAACUGUUGUGUGUUUUAAGUGUGCUUGCAAUAAAAUGUACACAUGUAAAUAAUUGUAAUACUUCAUUGUUAAUAUUUGUCCA